CGUCACAUGGGUUACUCGGCGGAGGGGGACCCGGAGCUUAGGCGCACCUGGGUCUCUGGCCCCAUCGUCGUCGGCGCCGGUCCGUCCGGCGUCGCCGUCGCCGCCUGCCUCGCCGACGCCGGAGUUUCCGCCACCGUGCUGGAGAAGUCCGACUCCGUGGCUUCCCUUUGGCAGCACCGCACCUACGACUGCCUCAAGCUCCACCUCCCCAAAAAGUUCUGCGAGCUUCCCCUGAUGGGCUUCCCCAACGAGUUCCCCAAGUACCCCUCUAAGGAGCAGUUCGUGGCCUACAUGGAGGCAUACGCCGCCUUUUUCGCGAUCCAUCCCCGGUUUGGGACGGAGGUUUUGAACGCGGAGUUUGACUCGGCGGUCGGGGGGUGGCGAGUCCGGACGCGGGGGGAGGAGCUGGUGAGCCGGUGGCUGGUGGUGGCGACGGGGGAGAACGUGGAGCCGGUGAUGCCGGAGACUUCGACGGCUGUGUUCGACGGGCGCGUGAUCCACACGCGCGACUACAAGUCAGGGGCCGACUUCGAGGGGCAGAAGGUCUUGGUGGUGGGUUGUGGGAAUUCUGGAAUGGAAAUAAGCUUGGAUCUCUGCAGACACAAUGCCACGCCUUAUAUGGUGGUCAGGAACACUGUGCAUGUGUUACCGAGGGAGAUGUUCGGAUUGUCAACGUUUGGGGUGGCCAUGUUUCUCCAGAGAUGGCUUCCGCUGAGGGUAGUGGACAGGUUCCUCCUGGCGGUGGCCCGCCAGACCCUGGGAGACACUGACCGGCUCGGCCUCCCAAGGCCCAAGACCGGCCCCAUCGAGCUGAAGAACGUGACGGGAAAGACCCCGGUCCUGGACGUGGGCGCGCUUGCUGAGAUCAAAUCUGGCAACAUUAAGGUGAUGCAAGGGGUGAAAGAGAUAACGAGGACGGGAGCAAAAUUCGUGGAUGGGAGGGAGGAGCAGUUCGACUCUAUAAUUCUGGCAACGGGUUACAAGAGCAACGUUUCUUCGUGGCUCAAGGGUGGUGGAUGCCUCUUUACUAAAGAGGGGAUGGCCAAAGCCCCAUUCCCCGAUGGGUGGAAGGGCGAGAAUGGCCUCUACUGUGUGGGAUUCACGAAGCGAGGCCUCCUCGGCACCUCCUCGGACGCACUUAGCAUAGCCAGGGAUAUCUCGCUCCAGUGGAAGGAGAUCCGCAGGUCCCACAAUCUCUACCGGAACUCUCCAUUGUAGUCCUCAAGAAGGGGCACGAGGAGGGAAAGGCCCUCUUGUCGUUUUCCCUUCAAUUAUGACACGCUGACCCGGUCAAGCUAUGAGGCCCUGUGCUCUUCCUUGUACAUUACCCAAUUUUGCAUGGGGUCUUCUACCACCUUCUGUAAUUAUUAUUAUUAUAUAUAUAUAUUCCUAGUUACGGAAA